AUGCCUCUACGCGCCAAGGUCACAAACCCUGCCUUCCGGGCAACAGCUAAGAUGUCGACAAAAGAGAGCUCUGGCGAUGAGCCCGAUGAUGUUUUGUUCAACUCGAUCUACGGCCUUCGCAGCGUCGAGCUCAACAGACCCAAGAAGCUCAAUUCCCUGAACGGCUCGAUGGCACGCAAGAUUGUCCCCAGACUGCAGGAAUGGGAGAAGUCCUCUCUUGCAAACAUGAUCCUCAUCUCCGGAGCCGGUACCAAGGCGCUUUGCGCAGGAGGUGACGUUGCCGCCCUGGCGCUGCAGAACGAGAAUGGAGUGGAGGGACAAAAAGCGUCAACUGAGUUCUUCGGACUCGAAUAUCGCCUCGACCACAUGAUUGCUACAUAUUCGAAGCCCGUUAUUUCCUUCAUGGAUGGAAUCACCAUGGGUGGAGGUGUUGGCCUCAGCAUGCACGCUCCGUUCCGAAUUGCGACUGAACGAACCCUUUUCGCCAUGCCCGAAACAACCAUCGGAUUCUUCCCCGAUGUUGGCGGCUCGUUCUUCUUGCCCCGUCUUGAUGGCGAGACCGGUACAUACCUUGCUCUAACCUCUGAGCGCCUGAAGGGCGUGCAGGCUCUCUACGCAGGAAUUGCUACACACUACCUUCACUCCAGCGUUCUGAGCAGCAUGACCCAGCGUCUCUCGGAGCUGACCUUCCCCGACCACGUCGCGCUCCCCGAACGCCUCGAAAUCGUCAACAAGACCAUGGCCGAGUUCUCCAUUGGUCUCCCGCCCCUUGAGGAGGAGCCCAUGCUUAUGGCUGGCAGCCUACGCACUGCCAUUGACCGCUGCUUUGGAUUCAACACCAUGGAGGAGAUCUCCCAGGCUCUGGAGCAGGAGACCGAACACAAGGAGUGGGCACAGAAGACGUUGGAGACCCUUUCAAGCCGGUCCCCGACCUCUCUGAAAGUGACUCUCCGCCAGAUGCGUCUCGGCAAGAAGUGGAGCAUUUCGGAGACCUUCCAGCGUGAGCAUGAGAUCGCCGCCAACUUCAUGCGCCACCCUGACUUCGUCGAGGGCGUCAAGGCCCGUCUGAUGUCCAAGCCUCCCCGCCAAGCCGAGUGGAAGCCUGCCACCCUGCCGGAGGUUACCGAGGAUAUCGUGGACAGCUUCUUCAAGAUCCCCCAAGGGGAGAGACGCCUAGCCCUUCUCAGCAAGGGCGACUACAACAACUACCCCCACGCCCACUUUGCUCUUCCUUCUGAGAAGGAGAUUGAGGAGGUUGCUCGCGAGGGUCACUCAUCACGCAGACCCGUGGUCGAUCACUUCCUCCAGAAAUACGCACACCGCGAGGGUGUGCGCCGAAAGGUCGUUGAGGUUCUGGCCCGGAAGACGACGACAGCAUCUGGCGAGGGACUCAAGUGGAUUUGA